AAAACCUGCCAUGUGCCGCAUUCCCCUCGCUGCCCUCACCACGUUUAGAGGCGCCUCAAAACCUGCCAUAGGCGCCUCAAAACCUGCCAUGUGCCGCAUUCCCCUCGCUGCCCUCACCACGUUUAGAGGCGCCUCAAAACCUGCCAUGUGCCGCAUUCCCCUCCCUGCCCUCACCACGUUUAGAGGCGCCUCAAAACCUGCCAUGUGCCGCAUUCCCCUCGCUGCCCUCACCACAGGCGCCUCAAAACCUGCCAUGUGCCGCAUUCCCCUCGCUGCCCUCACCACGUUUAGAGGCGCCUCAAAACCUGCCAUGUGCCGCAUUCCCCUCCCUGCCCUCACCACGUUUAGAGGCGCCUCAAAACCUGCCAUGUGCCGCAUUCCCCUCGCUGCCCUCACCACAGGCGCCUCAAAACCUGCCAUGUGCCGCAUUCCCCUCGCUGCCCUCACCACGUUUAGAGGCGCCUCAAAACCUGCCAUGUGCCGCAUUCCCCUCCCUGCCCUCACCACAGGCGCCUCAAAACCUGCCAUGUGCCGCAUUCCCCUCGCUGCCCUCACCACGUUUAGAGGCGCCUCAAAACCUGCCAUGUGCCGCAUUCCCCUCCCUGCCCUCACCACGUUUAGAGGCGCCUCAAAACCUGCCAUGUGCCGCAUUCCCCUCGCUGCCCUCACCACGUUUAGAGGCGCCUCAAAACCUGCCAUAGGCGCCUCAAAACCUGCCAUGUGCCGCAUUCCCCUCGCUGCCCUCACCACGUUUAGAGGCGCCUCAAAACCUGCCAUAGGCGCCUCAAAACCUGCCAUGUGCCGCAUUCCCCUCGCUGCCCUCACCACGUUUAGAGGCGCCUCAAAACCUGCCAUGUGCCGCAUUCCCCUCACUGCCCUCACCACGUUUAGAGGCGCCUCAAAACCUGCCAUGUGCCGCAUUCCCCUCGCUGCCCUCACCACGUUUAGAGGCGCCUCAAAACCUGCCAUGUGCCGCAUUCCCCUCGCUGCCCUCACCACGUUUAGAGGCGCCUCAAAACCUGCCAUGUGCCGCAUUCCCCUCACUGCCCUCACCACGUUUAGAGGCGCCUCAAAACCUGCCAUGUGCCGCAUUCCCCUCGCUGCCCUCACCACGUUUAGAGGCGCCUCAAAACCUGCCAUAGGCGCCUCAAAACCUGCCAUGUGCCGCAUUCCCCUCGCUGCCCUCACCACGUUUAGAGGCGCCUCAAAACCUGCCAUGUGCCGCAUUCCCCUCACUGCCCUCACCACGUUUAGAGGCGCCUCAAAACCUGCCAUGCGCCUCAAAACCUGCCAUGUGCCGCAUUCCCCUCGCUGCCCUCACCACGUUUAGAGGCGCCUCAAAACCUGCCAUGUGCCGCAUUCCCCUCACUGCCCUCACCACGUUUAGAG